AUGCAAGACGUUAAAGAAGAAGUGGAAAAAUGCCAGAAGAAAUUACGACGAGCUUUAUUAAAUAUUGAAGAUUAUCAUCAACAGGCAAAAGAAACAUUACAACAAAUGGCUUAUGAUUACUAUAGUAGUGGUUCUGAUGAUCAACUAACAUUGAUUGAUAAUCAAGAAGCAUUUCGUCGAAUAAAAUUGCGUCCAAAAAUACUUAUUGAUGUUUCAUCACAUUUAUCUAUAGAUUCAACAAAUUGUAAGGUACAACUUUUAAAUUCUACAACAACAAUUCCGUUUCCAUGCAUUAUUGCUCCUACAGCUUUUCAUCGUCUAGCCAAUAGUGAACAUGGAGAAUUAGCAACUGUUCGAGCAGCUGUUGCUUGCUCAACAAUUAUGUGUGUUAGUACCGUUGCAACAACACGUAUGGAAUUGAUUGCCGAUGAGUAUCGGCGACAAAUUAAAGAUAAUUAUCCUGAUAGUCAUUCACAACUAUGGUAUCAAUUAUAUGUAUUUACAAAUCGACAAUAUUCACAAAAUUUAAUCAAACGAGCUGAAAAAUGUGGUUAUAAAGCUUUAGUUAUUACAGUUGAUACGUGUGAAUUAGGUAACAGAGAAUUGGAUAUUCAUAAUAAUUUUUCAUUACCUGAUGGUAUUCGAGCUGAAAAUUUGAUUGAUGAUAAUAAUAUUUUAGCAUUUGGCUAUCCUAAUGUACCAUAUGAUUCAUCAUUAUCAUGGAAAGAUCUUAAUUGGAUACGAUCAAUUACAUCAUUACCUAUUAUUCUCAAAGGUAUAAUCCAUCCGGAUGAUGCUCGCGAAGCUGUUAAACAUGGUGUACAAGGAAUUAUUGUAUCGAAUCAUGGUGGAAGACAAUUAGAUACAUGCCAAAGUACAAUUGAUGCUUUGCCAGAUAUUGUGAAGGCUGUUGCUGGUAGCAGUCAUCAAAUAGAUAUUUAUGUUGAUGGUGGUAUACGACGAGGAACAGAUAUUUUGAAAUCUAUAGCAUUGGGUGCAAAAGCAGUACUUAUCGGACGACCAGUAUUAUGGGGUUUAGCAGUGGAUGGAGAGCAAGGUGUGAGAAAUGUAUUGGAAAUAUUGAAAAGAGAAUUUCGAGUGGCUAUGAUGUUAUGUGGAUGUCAAACUAUUGACGAUAUUAGAAAAAAUAAUCUUUUAGUGAUGAAUAAAAAUAAUAAUAGAUCGAAAUUAUAA